AUGUUUUUAAACCUCCUCUUUGUAGGAGGAUGGACGGCCGUGCCGGCUUAUCUGGAUCCACCGAAAAUCAUUCCAGUCGGACCGGUCGAUACCACAACGGUAUUGACUGCCGCUCAGAAACAGAACAAUCAGAGGACGAAUAUCGUCGAGGACAAACCACGUUUGAUCGGAACGGGGACCCUUGAGGAUCCGAUAGACCUAACUGGUCGAGUGCCAAACUCAGUCACCGAACUGAUCAUUCAGUCUCAAUCCACUUGUGCGUCAGUGAAACAUGACUUACAGUGGAGAUGCGAAAAUUCAUUUCUCACAUGGCAAGCUCUCAAAUUGAUUCCAGGUACUUUGGAAGAUGAAGUAAGCAUUCGCAUACAGGAUGAAAUGAAGCGCACUGCUCACGUGCCGGCUUAUCUGGAUCCACCGAAAAUCAUUCCAGUCGGACCGGCCGAUACCACAACGGUAUUGACCGCCGCUCAGAUACAGAACAACCAGAGGACGAAUAUCGUCGAGGACAAACCACGUUUGAUCGGAACGGGGACCCUUGAGGAUCCGAUAGACCUAACUGGUCGAGUACCAAACUCAGUCACCGAACUGAUCAUUCAGUCUCAAUCCACUUGUGCGUCAGUGAAACAUGACUUACAGUGGAGAUGCGAAAAUUCGACUCGGUCUUUCUCAUUACGUCCAUCUGUUGUUCAAGCCAUUCCGGAUACCGGUACUAGACGACUUGGAACCCUCAGUUUUGCUCCACAACUUCCAUGUCCUAACGGUCUGUAUUCUAUUACCGGACAAGUCAGGAUCGGUUGCGAUUCACGAAUGAAGACAAGCAGUUCGUCUGACCGCGGGACGAGGGAAAACGCACUGGUUGGACUCAAUCGUAUCAAAUGUACGCCCAAUCAUGGUCGAGACCAGGCGUUCAUUGAUCAGACUUUUAGUAGAGAGGCAGCAAAUCUAUAUGCCCAGAGAAUCUCAUCUAUGCAACUUACGUCUAGCGGUUUCUAUGAUGACUGUCUUCCAAUUGAUCCGACACAACGUAAUAAGCAGCGGUCAGCUUGUGUGUAUGUGCUAUGCCCCGGUCCAGUAGAACCAUGGUUCACUCUCAGUGAGCGCGUUGCAAUCGCCGUUUCCGUGCCCGUCUUCAUCCUACUUUGCUUGCUGCUGUGCUACGUGACCCAACGGCGAAGACGUUCGAAACAAAAGUCUAACCUUGCUCCCGGUCAGAAUCAUGAAAUCGAAUUAAUGUUGUGAUUCCGCGAGCCAAACAUACCACGCCAAGAGUGAUUGUGCAAUGCAGAACCGCACAGAGCUCCAGCUGAUGUAUCUAGAAGGCCGAUGUGUAUGAUAUAUUUGUAGUUCCAGUCCCUCCCAAUGCUGUUUUUUACACACCCCUAACCUUGACUUUGAUGUACCCUUAUCCCUAUCGCUUUGCUUUUUAUAAUAUAUUGUACAGAACUGGA